AUGUCUGUCGGGUGGAAAUGUGUAGCCACGGUUAUUGUGGUCAUUUCAUGUGUGCACAUUUUCCAUGUAGAAAGUAGUCAACAUUUAUUCGAAUCCAUAAAAAUUAUUGUGAAUGAACCCAGCAGUCUGUUUCAAAGAAAUCUUUUAUUCUAUGCCAACUAUAAGCCAAACACGAAUACAGCUCGCUUCUAUUUCAAUGAUCUGGUAAAUUACAUAGCUCCAACUGUAACCAGCGUUUCCUAUAAGAUUUUAUUUCAAAAUCAAAAGACCUUUCGCAAGACGAAAUCUUUGAAGGUUUUGCUUUUUGAGGACAGAGAUGCACUUAGUUACUUCUAUGCCAAAAUCAACAAUACCGGCAAUUAUAAUCUCUCACACAAUCUAAUGCACAUAUCGACCAUCACAACAUUCGAUGUGGAUGUCAUAACCAAAGUCUUUGCCCACCUAUACCGCCUGAGUAUUCUUAAUGUGGGCCUAUUGGUGAAUUUAUUCGACGAGGAUAUCAUUAUGGUGACCUAUUUUCCAUUUACCCCCGGCGAGUGUCACAGCAUUAAACCGGUCAUUGUGAAUCGUUAUGAUCCCAAACAACGUCAAUGGUUACAUAAAGACUAUUUUCCACCCAAGGUGCAAAAUUUUUAUGGUUGCCCCUUGACAUGUGCCGCUUGGAAUGAAUUUCCCUACAUCAAUUUGGAAUAUAACAGCAAUGGUAAUGAUGUCACCAAGUAUAAGGGAUUUGAAGGGAAACUUUUGCAAUUUCUUGCUGAAUCACUAAACUUUACUACCAAGGUGUACAUCUUGAACGCAACGGAAGUAGAUGAGACGUUUAAAGAACCUGAUUUUAUAUUCAAGGAGAUUUUUUCCAAGCAUGCUGAUAUAUCCCUAGCUGGAUAUUAUUAUAAAUGGGCUCUAGAUCCCAACACUACUUAUUCACAAACGGAUCACUACUACCUAUCGCAUACGUAUAUGGUGGCGAAUAUUUUUAGCAUCUAUAGUACAUAUGAAAAAAUGGCCCUUCCAUUUCAAUUGAAAUUAUGGUAUUUAAUUGGAUCUGUGUUUGUCCUCAGCUCACUUUUAAUACUCACAUGUGGAUGUUGCACAGGACCCCGAGUUAGGGCACGCAACUAUAUCAUAGGCGAAGACAACAGCACACCCCAAUAUCACCUGCUAACUUUAGCUUUGGGAGCAACUAUGCCAACGCGUCAAGUGCCACGUUAUAAUUUUGCACGCUUCCUGCUUGUCUGCUGGAUGUUGACCACUCUGGUGCUGCGCAGUGCCUAUCAAUCGGGAAUGUAUCAAAUGCUACGUGACAACAUACAACGUAAUCCUCCGCAAACGAUAGCGGAUGUGCUCAAACAGAACUAUGUGAUACUGCUGAAGGGCACCCACAUGGCUUUGGCCCAAACUCUGCCGGAUAUGCGAAAUGUGCGAACAUUAAAUGGCAGCUUUUUGCAAACGUUUCCGGAAUUAUUGCAGUCAAACGAACUGACGGCCAUAGUAACGCAAUAUGAAUAUUUUGGCUAUUUUCGACAAAUUAAUGCCGCAUCCUGGCAUCGUUUGCAUUUGGUGAAUGAGCGCAUCUACACCAAACCACUGGCCAUGAAUGUUCGCACACACUCGUAUUUGGUGGAGGAAUUCAAUAGGCAAAUUCAGACAGCUAAAACCUUUGGCUUUGACACACUAUGGGCUCGCGAAUCCUUUGGAAACCAAGCGAUGAAAAAUAAUGCCGACUAUGAUCCCAAGAUGUUGGCCACUAAGAAUAUGUCCAUGAAGGAGUUGGGAGCUGUUUUCAUGAUUUUGAUCUGGUUGCAUGUGAUGGCCAUGGUCAUUUUCAUAAUCGAACUGAUAUGGCACAAAUGGGGAGCAGCUGUGCUAAGAAAUUAUCACAAAACACUAGCCAAAUGA